AUGUCUGCCUCCACGCCAAAGCCCAAGCCGACAGUACCAGUCGCGCUUUCAUUCGAGGCCAUCGACGACCUCAUCUACGAUGCCCGCGCUGGUGAUCUCGAGGCCCUGAACACCGACAUCACCACUCUAGCCUCACAGCAUAGCUGUCCAGAGUCGCACAUCGUCGCCUCUGCCAUUGACAUGGAAGAUGAGAGCGAAGGAGGCACAGGUUCCUGCGUGCUGCACUUCCCCGCCGCGAAUGGAAAUAGCGAAAUCCUUAACACACUCCUCCAAAAACUGUCUACGCUGGAUGCAGCCCAGCACACCGCAUUCAUCAACCACCGCAACAACUCCGGCAACACGCCCCUGCACUGGGCCGCGCUAAACACGCACCUAGAAUGUGUGAAGGCCCUCGUUGAGGCUGGCGCAGACGUCGCUAUCAAGAAUGACGCGGGUCAUGAUGCAGUCUUUCUGGCUGAGCGGGCGGCUUGGUCAGCUGCCGCGGAGGAAGAGGGCGAUGGCGAUGAGAAUGCUGAGGAGCCGCAGGAGAUUGAGAUGACUAUUGGCGAGGACGAGCAAGAGGGUGACGGUCAGCAGAAGGCUGAUGUUGGGGAGAUGUCUGCUGGCAGACAGGUUGUUGAGUGGCUGUUGAGUUCGGAGAAGGCGGCUGGUUUGGAGAGCAGUGCUACGGACGGGGAGAAGUCGGCGUAA